UAUUUUACACAACUUGGCAAAACGUCAAGACGCUCCCGUACUACUACUACCACCAACACCUUUGGUUUCCUUUUUGUGCAGCAGCAGAAACAGCGAAAAGUGUCGGGAAAUUGGCAGCAAAAGUGUGCGGGCGAAUCGACGGCGACCAUUUUGCAGCUACUUGGAUGCGAAGCAGGGCCUGGAAAAGUGUCCAAAAGUGCGAAGAAUGUAAACGUCAGCGGGCGCUCGCGAUGAAAAACUGUGUGCGUGCGUGAGUGCGAGUGUGCGUACAUGUGUGCCUGUGUGCGUGUGUGUGUGUGUGAGUGGAAAAGCUUUUACGCCCACCCCGUGUUUCGCCCGUCGUCCCGCGGAACCGUUCCGUAGCGGAGCAGCACCCGGAGAGCGAUGGAUGCAGCGGCGGCUGUAGCACCACCAUCAGCAGCAGCAGCAGCAGCACCGCCACCACCACUACCACCGCUGCCGCUAGCCUCGGCUGCAGCAGCAGCACCACCACCACCGAACAGUGUUUACGAUGUCAUCAAUCAAAAGGAAUGCGGACUGUGUCUCACGCUCCGGGCGGAGCAGAUCUGCUUCGACAUGUUCAUGCCGCGGGAGGACGACCCGAAGGAGAUGCCGUAUCUGGUGUGGAAGCACGUCGGGCUGCAGUUUCCGCAGGAGGCAGGCAAACACUACGUCUGCCGGGACUGCGGGUUCGCGGUGUACGAGUUUAACCGAUUCUACUUGAUGGUGCAGAACGUACACCAGGAACGGCAGGCAGCAGCAGCGGCAGCAGUACUGCAACCGAAGCAAGAGCCGCCUAUGCAGGAGCAGGUACAAUAUAAUGCUGAGCAGGCGGCGGCGGCGGCGGCCGUGGUGGAAGGUGUCAAUCAGAACGGUCAUCAUGGAGGCGAGCAAAAGUUUGACCCGUCGCCGCUGGUGGACGGGCCCGUACCGUUGCUGUCCGAUGUUCCGGAUUAUGGGAUGAAUCACGAAGUGAACGGAAUGCUACCAUCCGGCGGAUCCGGGGUAACGGCUGUCGGGGGCAACGGUACAGGGGCAGAGUGUCCGUCGGUGUACACGUCGCAGCACAACGAUACGGAACCGGAAAGCAGCCGAAUCCGGCCGGUCACGGGCAACACACCGAGCAGCCGGAAGCGCCGGAAUCAAGAGAUGGACGAUGAGAUUAUCGACUUUUACAAGCUGGUCUGUGACGUGUGUGAGGAACGCAUCGAGUACGGCACGAUGAAGGAGCUGAACCAGCACAUGAAGCUGAUGCACGGGGAGGAGACGGGCCGGGUCAGCUGUCCGCAGUGUGGCAAGAUGUUCCGCACGCGGGGGAAGCUGCUGGAGCACAAGAGCGUGCACCAGCGACAGGACGCCACGUCCGAGGACGACGCGGAGAAGCUGCAGUCCGAGCAGAUGGACAAGGAGAUACUGGAGUUUUACAAGCGCAUCAGCUGCGAUGUGUGCGACACGGCGGCCAGUGCUGCUGCCGGGGCCGGUCCACAGGCCAGCGCGAUGCUGUACGCGACGGUGAAGGAGCUAAACCACCACAUGCGGCUGGUGCACGGGCAGCAGGCCGGUACGGUAAAGUGUCCACUGUGUGAGAAGAAGAUCCGUACGCGCCCGAAGCUGCUCGAGCACAAGCGCAUGCAUCAGCCAAACGCGCUGCUGGAGGAGGAUUCCGGCAAGUCGGGCAACCCGGGUGGCGAGCCGGGGCCCGAGCUGACCGAGGAGCAGAAGCAGACGCUAGAUAGAGAAAUAUUCGAUUUCUACAAACCCAUCAUAUGUGAGAUUUGCGAUCCGGAAAAGGUCGCUGUGGCUGUCGCGGUGGCCGGCCCCGGCGGUGACCCGGGCGGUGUUGCCGCGGGAGCGGGCCAGUCGGAAGCGGCAGCAGCAGCAACGACCCAGGAGGAGGAGUACCGGUCGCUGAAGCAGCUGAACCAGCACAUGCGGACGGUGCACGGGCUCGAGUCGGGCACGGUCAAGUGUCAGCUGUGCGCGAAAAAGUUUCGCUCGCGCGUCAAGCUGGUCGAGCAUAAGGAUAUGCACGAGAAUCCGGAGCGGUUCCGGUGCGGCGUGUGCCAGGAGGUGCACCAGAACCUGGAGGAGCACAUGCAGAACAAGCACCAGGAGUGGGAGUUUGCCUGCGAGGAGUGCGGCAAGCGGUUUCCUUUCAAGAACAGACUCACUGCCCACAUGGCCAAGGUGCACAUGAAGAAGGACAUUAUCUGUGAGGAAUGUAACAAACCAUUUACAAAGUUCAGCAUCGAGAAACACAAGAAAACGGUCCACGGCCACGGUGGGACGUUCAUCUGUGAAAACUGCCCGAAAACGUUCAAGACGCGCGUCUCGCUCGAACGACACAUGGAGGGCCACAACAACGGGGAGCAGCAGCAGCAGCAGCAGCUGCAGCAACCGCAACCGCUCCCACUGCCGCUACCGCAGCAUCAACCGAGCUCUGCCCCGACCGUCAGUUGCUCCCUGUGCAACUCCGUCCUGAAGGACGAGUACAACCUGAAGGCCCACAUGAAGCGCAUCCACGCGGAGCAGACGCCGGCGACGUGCAACACGUGCGGCAAGACGUUCAAAUCGAAGCACAGUCUCAACACGCACACCGCGAACGUGUGCACGACCCGGCUCUUUGGCUGCACGACCUGCGGCAAGCAGUUUAAGAAGCGGACAAAGUUGAAACAACACAUGACGAUUCACCCACGCGGCGCCGACUAUGUUGGUGGCAAAGCCACGGUACUCGGUGUGAAUUCGGCCACCGGACAUAAUGAGGUGGUGAGCGGUGCGAACGGGUUCCAUCUACGGCAACAUCCGCAACAGCAGCAGCAGCAGCAACAGCAGUCGAGCACUUCCGGUGUUGUUAGGCUUGCGAAGGGCAGCACUAGCAGCGUGAUAUCGCUUCCGAGCGACCACCAGUACCACCAGUCCAUCGCAGGCGGAAUGAUUAAUCACAGUUCCUUGAUGUUCGCGACAACAACGACCACCAACCACCAACAGCAGCUGUCGGUUUUAUCGAACGCAUCACCAGUAGGCGACGGAGCAAUCGGCGAAAAGAAGGCAGGCGCUAAGAUCGGUGACAGUACCAGCUUGACAACCACCACCACAGGCAACAGCAGCAGCAUCAUCCUGGCCAAAACGAGCCCGGACAAUGAACCGCAGGAGGAGCAGCCGGAGAUUGACAUCGUGAUCAACAACGUGGUCUGCUCGUUCAGCGUACGCUGUCAUCUGAAUCUGCACGACAUCGCCCGCCAUGGGCACAAUGUCGAGUUCCGGAGGGAGCACGGGAUGGUAACGAUGAAGCUGCGCCGCCCCUACACGACUGCUUCGAUUUGGUCGUCCGGAAAAAUCACUUGCACCGGUGCUACAUCAGAGCAUCAGGCAAAAAUAGCGGCACGACGCUACUCACGUUGCCUUCAGAAGUUAGGAUUUAAUGUUAGAUUUAGGAACUUUCGUAUCGUGAAUGUACUCGGCACCUGCAGCAUGCCGUUCGGCAUCAUGAUUGUCAACUUCUCGGAGAAGUACAAAAAGGAUGCCAGCUACGAGCCGGAGCUGCAUCCGGGCGUCACCUACAAGCUGUACUCGCCGAAAGCGACCCUGAAAAUAUUCUCAACCGGAAGCAUUACCGUCACCGCGGCUAGUGUGGCCUUUGUGCAAGCGGCAAUUGAGCAAAUAUUCCCGCUCGUGUACGAGUUUCGCAAGAAGCGGACGCCGAUCGAGAAGCAGGCGAUGGCGAAGCAGCAGCCACCGCCGGACUUUGACCCGCACGAUGUCGACCAUCUGAUCGAGGAGGACCGCGAGGGCGCGCUGGCGGAAGCGGAGGAGGGCCUCACGUACUGGAACGGCACGGCCGACGAACCGACGAUGCAGCAGCCCGAGGAGGAGCAGCCGGACGACGAGCUCGAAACGUUCGGCGACGAUGAAGACGUCCGCACGCGUAACAACACCAAAGCAAUACACAAAAUCAAUAGUAUUAGGCAGAACGGUAAGAAGCGCCGAAUGCGCCAGCUGCGCCCAUCGGGCCGGGCUGUAAACGACGGGGACAGCAUGUCCGACGACGAUCUGUGCUCCCUCCCGAUUUGGGGGAAAUUGUUUGCAUUUUCUCGCUGCAAUAGAUAUCGCCAGCCCGUGUUCGCCAUGGCGUCAGUGAAGGUGGAAAAUAGUUCCAGGAUCGUUGCCAACUCUACACGGGAUCAUCCACAGUGCGAUGUGUGCCUGCGCUGGGAAAGUGUUUGCUUCGGCAGAUCGGAUCCCAUCUUCAUUGGGAAAGAUGUGUUGGCCAUGGUAACACAGUAUCUCGACAUGAACAUCACCCUAACACUCGUCUGCGAACGCUGCUGGAGUAUAUUGAAGGAGUUCGAUGAGUUCUACCGGAUGGUCAGCGAGCAGCACACCAGCAAAGCGGAUCUGCGGCCCCCAGACCGGAAGGAAGCUGACCCGGUCGAACAGCGCGUGGAGGGAGUCGUUUAUGGAAUGGAAUUUGUCGACAUAAAGUACGAACCGCUGGGUGAAGAUGCGAAUGUAACGAUAAAAGAGGAAGAGGAGGAGGAGGAAGCGGAGGAGCAUGAGAGAGAACCACUUCCGGACAGUGACGACUGUGACAAGCUGUUGCCCAGCCAGUCGAUGGAGUUGGACGAUGAGGAACGCCUGGCGGAUGACGAUACGAACUCGUUGUCCUCCGACGAUAGUGACGAUUCCUCGGUGCCGGAUCGGGUGAAGCGCGGCGGCAAAGCAUCGGCCAUCGGCAAGAAAGAGCCCAAGGUGGAUAAGGAGAUAUUGGAGUUUUACCAGCGGCUGGUGUGCGAGAUUUGUGAUGCGGAGCGGAUGCUGGCCGGCGAACCGUCGAUCGAGUACAGCAAUCUGAGGGAGCUGAACAAGCACAUGCGAAAGGUGCACGAGCAGGUCGGCGCUACGCGCAUCAAGUGUCCGAUGUGCGACAAAAAGUUCCGCUAUCGGGCGAAGCUGCUCGAGCAUCGGGACAUGCAUCAGAACCCGGACCGGUUCCGGUGCGUGGUGUGCGAGGAGGUGCACCAGAACAUGGCGGAGCACAUGAAGAACAAGCACCAGGAGCGCACGUACUGCUGCGAGGAGUGUGGCAAGCGGUUCCCGUUCAAGGCUCGGCUUACGGCGCACGUGAAGAAAAUGCACACCUCCAAGGAUGUCGUCUGUGACCAGUGUCAGAAAAGCUUCAGCAGAUACACGAUCGAGGACCACAAGCGGGCAGUUCACGAAUCGCGCUACAUCUGCGAACACUGUCCGCGCACGUUCAAGUCGCGUCUUGCCCUCACGCAACACAUGGAGGAACACGUGGAGGGAUUGCGGAAGACGGUUUCCGCCACCUGCGAAAAGUGUGGCGUAGUGCUGCGGGACAAGUACACGCUGCAGACGCACAUCAAGCGCAUGCACACGGAACAUCCGCCCGCCAGCUGCGGCACGUGCGGGAAGGUGUUCAAGUCGAAGCACAAUCUCAACGCGCACCUGGCCAACGUGUGCACGGAGCGUUCGUUCCCGUGCCCGAUCUGUGCGAAGCAGUUUAAGAAGAAGAUUAAGCUGACCGAACACAUGACGACGCACACGAAGAGUGUGCUCUAUCAGUGUCCGUACUGUCCGAAGACGUUCAGCUUCGAGACGCAGCUGUACACGCACCGGAAGCAGGCGCACUACGAGCAGUGGCUGGAGAUGCAGCGGAAGCGCAAGGAGGGUGUACGGUUUAAGGUUAACCGCAUCACGGAUAUGCCCUCUACCUGAACCCAAUGCGCGCGUAUAUGUGUGCGUUGUUAUGAUAAGAGUAGUAAUACAGUAAAAUAAUAAAUCGCUUACGUAGGAAUGUG